ACCAAAACGAGAAGCUAGCGUUAUUAAACCCAUUAGCAACCAGGUUUAAGCUCCCAGGUUGUAGUAGGAUGGUAGACAUUGGAUUUGUGAUUUAACCUUUGCUCUAUGGAUGAUUCUGUCUUAUGUCACGUUGUGAAGUUGAGGUCCUGGUCUUGAUGUCCUGUGGCCUGUCCUGGUAGUGGGGUGAGGGGGGAUACUUGGAUAAGCGACUGACCCGGGGUGGGGGGAGUGCUGGUAAACUAAUGACGCAGUUGUACACAGUGGCGCAUUAGACUGACAUUUGGAUGUACUGAUGAACAUGGUUAUGUUGACGUGCUAUUCACAUUAGGAUUGUAAAGCUCUUGCUUCAUUUUCUUGCUUAUUUACGUUUGUGGGGGGAGGGUUAAUACCGUAUGGCUAGCUACGCUUUCCCUUUUUUUAGCUAAACAUGACCUAUUAACAUGUAUUCGCUUGUAUAUAUUUUUCCUGUGUUGCGUUUAAGGUGUCCAUGUUCUGCCGAAUCGUGUUACAUAGACCUUUAUUAUGGUUAAGAUCACUUCAUGAACCAUGAAGAGAUCUGAACACUGACAAGUGUAAGGUCACCUGGAAUCUGUUGGUGACUGGCACCAGAGUAAAUAGUGGAUGGUGGUUGCAGUUUCAGAUUAUCAGAGUUUUGAAGGCUGUCUUCAAAACUCUGGCUGUGUUUGGUGUUGACUUGUGCUUGACUUCAAGUUCAAAGCGCGUUCAAAGCGCUUUUAUCUUGAUAAAUAUUGAAUUAAGUUUAUUCUCGGAACACGCCUUGGUGUGAAAUGCUGUCACUAUUCGGGUGGUUCAUUAGUGAGCAUGUUAUCAUUGUCCUCCGUUCAGUUUCAUUCCCGAAUCCCUCAGAUUUGAAUGGGAUGUGGGAAACUAGAUAAAUACAGCACCGUCUCGGCUCAUGAAGCCCAAGGACAACAUGGCGAUGCCGGUGAAGAAGAAGAGGAAGUUCCCUGGUGCGGAGGACCAACGGAUCAGAAAGUGUAAAAUCACAAGCUUCACGACAAGAACCCCGCUCCAUGGGGAGCAUGUGCUGGGUCCAGAGAAGACCUUCUCCACUAAGAAGUGCAUGGCCUGGUUCCAGGUGUAUGCCGGUCCAGACCACGUCCUGGGCCCAGAUGGAAUGGAGAAGUUCUGUGAAGACAUCGGGGUGGAACCGGAGAAUGUUGUCAUGUUGGUCCUAGCCUGGCGAUUACGGGCUGUUAAUAUGGGUUUUUUUACUAAAGAAGAGUGGCUCGAAGGAAUGUCCUUAUUAAAGUGUGACAGCACAGAGCGGUUACAGAGCAAGAUGGAGGACCUCCGCUCUGGCCUGAACGACGCAGCGCUCUUUAAAAACAUCUACAGAUAUGCCUUUGACUUCGCCAGGGAUAAAGACCAGAGAAGUCUGGACCUGGACACAGCCAUGUCCAUGCUGGACCUGCUGCUAGGGAGAACGUGGCCUCUCUUCCCCCUUUUUCACAAGUUCCUGGAGCAGUCCAAGUACAAAGGGAUGAACAAGGACCAGUGGUACAACGUCCUGGAGUUCAGCCGUACCAUCAGCACAGACCUCAGCAACUACGAUGAAGACGGAGCGUGGCCCGUGCUGCUAGACGAGUUUGUGGAAUGGCAGAAGUCUCGGCCGAUAGCCUCAUAGCGGUGGAACUCAACCAAACCAACCCUGUGGAAGACUGGGGGGGGGGGGGGACACUCACCGGUUCGCUCACUCACUCGCUCAUCACAAAACGGAAACAGAAAAACCAACAAGAAAGGUUGAGGGUUCUCAGCUGUACUCUGGACUACAGACUCAUCCGAUGAACUACAUAAACACUCAUGCUUAUAGGUUACAAGCACAUGCAUGUACACACACACACACACACGCACACAC